CUUUGAACAGUUUGCAUUACUCUUUUUUUUUUUGUUACUUCAACGCCUACUCCCUUCGUCAACACCAACAGCAACAAGAGCGACAAGCAACAUCAGCUAUUACUAUUACUAUACUACGACUAGCGUUACAGUAUCAUAAAAACCCGAUACAACAUGGAUACUCUUUUCGGCAUCACAGGCAAGGACUUUGUCAUCACUGCGUACGAUUCCAAGGCAGUUGCAUCCAUUACUCUCAUGAAGAUUGGUGAAGACAAGUCUAGGGAACUCAACUCACACUCGAUCAUGCUCUUCUCGGGCGAGCCUGGCGAUGGUGUUCACUUUUCAGAAUAUAUUGAACGUAACGUGAAGCUCUACGGGAUCCGCAACGGUAUCGAGCUUAGUCCCAAAGCUGUCGCUUCCUUUGCCAGACGUGAAUUGGCUGACAGCUUGCGUAGCAGGAAACCAUAUUCUGUUAACUUGUUGAUUGGUGGAUACGAUGUCAAGACCAACAAGCCUUCACUGUACUGGCUGGAUCACUUGGCUUCAUCGGCAGAAGUCCCAUUUGCUGCACAUGGAUACGGUGCUUACUACUGCUUAUCGCUUCUGGAUCGGUACCAUCGUGAGGAUAUCACAGAGGAAGAGGGCGUCAAGCUGUUGCAAAAGUGCAUCCAAGAACUUCGCUCACGCAUGAUCCUUAACAUGCCUGACUUCGUAGCUAAGGUUGUGAACAAGGAUGGAAUUCGAAUUGUGCAACUCUAGAAGAAGAAAAAGAAGAAAAAAUAAGAAAAAUAAGACAAAAAAAAAUAAAGGGAAUUUGUUCUGCCCUCUUUUUGUCCAAUUGAUGAGGCAAAAGAACAGUAUACUACAAACAACUAAAC